AUUCCGACCGCUUGUAGGAUAACGUUUUCCUUCUCUCCAAACCUUAAUCCUUCUCUCCAAACCUUAAUCCCUCUCUCCUCCAUUGAAGAAAUGGCGGCCAUCUCGUCGCUUUUAACUCCCAUUCUCUACCAGAACCCUAUGGACUCCAUGAAAAUCUCCAAGUCACCGGCUUGGCUCGCCAUUGGGGCUUCUCCUCGGAGCUCUCGAGCAUUCGGUUCCUCCAUCUCCUUCUCUAACCCUAGAAGGAAAACUCUAUGGAUCUCGGCCGUAGCAUCGGAAGCGACCGCCACGGCCCAAGAGCCGGAGGUGGCGCGGAGGCUCUACGUGGGGAACAUCCCGAGGACUGUGGACAACGAAGAGCUGACCAAAAUCUUUGGAGAACAUGGCUCUGUAGAGAAGGCUGAGGUUAUGUAUGAUAAAUACUCUGGUAGGAGUCGGCGCUUUGCAUUUGUUACUAUGAGCACAGUGGAAGAUGCCAAUGCUGCUAUCGAGAAACUUAAUGACGCCGAAAUUGGAGGUCGAAAAAUCAAAGUAAAUAUAACAGAGAAACCACUGCCAACUGUGGAUUUGUCCCCUCUCCAGGCCGAAGAAUCGAAAUUUAUUGACAGCCCACACAAGGUUUAUGUUGGUAAUCUUGCAAAGACAGUGACCUCUGAGGUACUUAAUAAAUUCUUCUCUGAGAAGGGAAAGGUUCUUAGUGCAAAAGUAUCUAGAGUGCCUGGAACUUCAAAAGCUAGUGGCUUCGGCUUUGUUACAUUUUCGUCUGAUGAGGAUGUAGAGGCUGCUAUUUCGUCAUUCAAUAAUGCUGUUUUGGAAGGGCAGAAGAUUCGGGUCAACAGAGCUUAGCUAUGCUAGUCAAGCACUUGGGGCCCCUGAAAAGGCUGUAUGUUUUGUAUAGCGACAAAGGUUUUCUUAUUGCAAAAAUAUUUUGAAAAGAGUUGAGUACUUGAGUUAUAAUCAAAAUAACUCUUAGUUUGAUGUCACUGAUUUUGGUUACAGAUCUUAUCUUUUCUGUAUUUACAUGUGAUAUGCAUGUCAACUUUGACAAUUUUUGAAACA